UUAGCCUUUAAGUCUUAUGCCAGUUGGUGUAGUAAAUUUUAAGUUUGUUUAAUUUAACUUUCAAAUAAUGGAAAACCUUUUUAGACUGAAAAAAACCUCAUCACUCCUAUUUUAAUUAUGAAUUUAAAUACUUCGAAUCCUGUCAUUUUAACUUUUAGGCCUUCAUGGGAACAGUUCAAAAAUUUUGCAAAAUAUGUAGAGUAUAUGGAAACCCGUGGAGCCCAUAAAGCGGGUUUAGUUAAGGUAAUACCCCCUGCAGAAUGGAAGGCUAGAAAAUCUGGUUAUAAUAUGGACGAAAUUAAUAUGACAAUUCCAACGCCAAUAUGUCAAGUUGUAUCUGGAAAACAAGGCGAGUAUCAACAAUUAAAUAUACAACGAAGACCGAUGACCUUAAGACAAUUUAGAGAUUUAGCAAACUCGGAACGUUAUCAAACACCAAAACAUUUUGAUUAUGAUGACUUAGAAAGAAAAUAUUGGAAAAAUGUAACAUAUAUAGCCCCAAUCUAUGGAGCUGACAUUAAUGGAAGCUUGACAGAUUCAGAAGUUAAAGAGUGGAAUAUAAACAAUUUAGAAACAAUAUUAGAUUAUGUAAACACUGACUAUGGUAUUGAAAUUGAUGGUGUUAACACGGCGUAUUUAUAUUUUGGAAUGUGGAAAACGUCUUUUGCUUGGCAUACGGAAGAUAUGGAUUUAUAUUCAAUUAAUUACUUGCAUUUUGGUGCACCAAAAACGUGGUAUGCCAUCCCCCCGCAACAUGGAAGAAAAUUUGAAAAAUUAGCUAACCAAAUGUUUAGUGAAAAUUACAAUGUAUGUAAUGCUCACUUGCGUCACAAAAUGACUUUAAUAAGCCCAAAAGUUUUACAAAAUCAUCAUAUACCAUUUAAUAAAAUAACACAAGAACCGGGAGAAUUUAUGAUAACAUUUCCUUUUGGUUAUCAUGCUGGUUUUAAUCAUGGUUUCAAUGCUGCUGAAUCUACAAAUUUUGCUACAGCGAGAUGGAUAGAAUACGGAAAAAGAGCAUCACAAUGUCAUUGCCGUAAGGAUAUGGUCAAAAUAUCAAUGGAAACAUUCGUUAGGAGAUUCCAGCCUGAGAGAUACAACGACUGGCUGAAUGGGCAAGAUUAUGGAUCUCAUCCUGAGGAACCAGAUAGAAUAUGUGCAGCUCCUAUACCAGCAUUAAAUAAGAAGACGGAAUAUUCUCCCAAUAAGCAAAAACGUGGCUGCAGUGGUUCAACAUUUUUAAAUGAUUCUUCGCCCAAGAAAAAAUUAAAGUUAUGUCCCCAAGAAAAAGUUUGCCUUCACGAAUCUAAACCUAAGUUCAACUUCAAUGCAGUAGCUAUAGUUAAAUUAAAAAAAAUUUGGAACCAACUACCCGGUGGAUGUCCAAAACUUUUAUUCGGUGAUCAUAUUGUCAAAAAUUCUAAGCGUAUGAGAUUUCAGACUAAAACUAUUGAUUUAAAUGAGGAAAAUGACUAGAACACAAUACUUUUUAAAUGCUUAAAAUGUGACGUCCUUUAGUAAUCUAAAUACGCAGAUUGGUUUAUAUUAAGUACCAGAGAAAUGCGUGGUCGGAUAGUAACUUGUAUUAUUAAUAUAAAUUUUAAUUUCUUUACUAAUUUAGUACAUAUAUUCCUUUUGCAUGGAUGCAUUUUUAUUUGAUAUUCAAGCAUUUUUCGGAAAAAUACUUUUGGAUCAAUCUUGACUUUUUAUAAUUUUGCCUUCAAUUUCUGUCGUUUGUUUAAGAUUAUAAAAAUUUAAAUUUUAAUAAUUUAAAUAAUACAAUAUUUUGAAAAACUAUUAAGUAAAAUGUGUUCGUGAAUAAGUUAAAUUAAUUUGUUUGAACUAAAACGAAAAAACUCUUUGAAAUUAAAAAAAAUUACGAAAAAUUAAAGCGUUAA